AUGAAACUGAGGAAUACAAUUGAUAAAGAUGUGUUAAUGGCAGCUGGAUAUUCUGGGAAAUUCAAAGCUAAAAAUUUUUAUCUCUCGCUCAUUUCACCUGAGAAAGUGACUUAUCACAAGACAGUUUGGCACAAAUUGAAGGUUUCGAAGCAUCGAUUUAUUCUUUGGCAAGCUAUCAAUGAGAAGCUUCUCACUCGAGAUCAGUUAGCAAGAUUCAUCACCUUGGACUCUAGCAUCUGCCCGGUUUAUGAGAUUGUCCCUGAAUCUCAUCUUCAUCUGUUCUUUAGUUGCGUUUAUUCGCGAAAGGUGUUGGCUGAGAUUUCCACCUGGUUUGGAGGAAUUGCUUGGCCAAUUAGUCUCAGUGAUUGGUUGCAGGAAUCAGCUAGGAAGGAAAGUGUGAUGGCAGUGGUGGCUUCAGCUAUCAUUGCUGUUGUUGUUUACUUAAUUUGGUGUAACCGCAAUAGGUGUGUGUUCGAUGGUGCUUGCUGUUCGUUGCUUGGCAGCGUGUCUUUGUUUUGUGGUGGUUGA